AACACUGAAAACAAAAGCUUGUUUUUCGUAGUGUUCUACUAAUUUAAAUUAGUAAAGUAAACUGGUUUAGCGUGUGCUAUCAGUUUUUACGAUGCUUUACGAGUUUUAGAUGCAAGCGGGCGUAUGUGCAGACUCGUACAUGUAUGAAUAUAGUUGUAGAGCGGGUUUUACCAAUUGAAUUUGGAAGUUCUACGACAAUGCAAUAAUUAGUAAAGCAUCGAUAACUCGUAAACGCUGUUAUCAGAGCGUUUACGAAUUUGUUGUACUAAUUGGUUUACAAAUUUUGUGGUAGCUUUACGAUGUUUAGAAAUAUUCCCGCUGUUGAGAUCACGUGACAACACUUUUUCAGCGUGCAAAAUUUAAUCAGCGCAUAAACGCGCAGACGACUUGUAAUAUCGAGCAGCUGGGUUGUAAGGGAACUUGACGUUGAAAACAAUGGCAAACAGGCACAAAUUCCUGUUCCUUUAUAACGAACGCUGCAAAAAGGUUGAGCUAGAAAAUGACAACCCAAAUGGAGUAAGCAUGGAAGAGCUCAUGGAAAAGGCAAGCAACUUGUUCGGUAUUGAUCAGACAAAUAUCUUGCUCCAAAAAUGGGACUCUGGUUAUGAAUGUUUUAUCGACAUCGAUGGUAACGAGCCUGCUGAUGAAACUAUAUCUGGGGGUAUCAAGAUUAAAGUUCAAUCCAUAGUGCACUUCAUGCCAGUGCACAUAGACAUGGUGCAACCCAUUGCUGCUGCACAACCAGUCGUGUCUGAGAAACCUGAAGAUACUAGCACUGAAGAUGAACCUGAUGCUGGUGGCAGAUCUAGAGAUGUUGAAAUGGAGGUGGAGGAAAAGGAUCAAGGAGAAGCACAGAUUUAUUCUCAUGAAAGGUCCAGGUUGAGGCCAGUUUCAUGUUGGAUAGUAAAUUGGAAGUUGCCAGAUCUACCUCCAGCAAUUCACAAGAAGCUACUGUCACUGCCACUUGGAAAUGACUUGAGGGUCUCGGAGAGGUCAACGAUAUUUGACAUAAUAUUCAAGUCUGUGAUGCAGCAUAAGAAUGUGUACCCAAAGCCUGCUGAAUAUACCUUACUUAUUGACCAAUUGUUCAAGCGAUAUCCGAGACUGGACUGCAACUUGAAAGAUGUCAAUUGUGGAAGUCGCAAGGUGAUGUACAGGAAGAAGCUCACGUAUUACUUCCAAAACAAAAGAGAUGUCCUAAGGAAAGACGAGCUGACAACUGUAAACUUUGCAUGGCGGAAGAAGAGACAAUCAACCAAGCCGGUAUGCAAAGCAACUGCAUCAUCAGCUGCACCAGCAGUAUGGGGCGUACAAAAUUACCUACCGUCAAUGCCGGACACGGAAGAUGAUGACAGCAUCAAAAAGCACAUCAAGAUAAUGCAGGAUGAGUUCAAAAAGAAGUAUCCUGACAUCAAAAGAGUUGCAACAGGCAUGGAUAUGACAUUAAGUGCUCGGAGAAACACUAUUGUAAAAGAGAAUGCAACAAUUCAAGACAUAAAGGAUACUUAUCCAUGGCUAUUCCAAGAAUCGCAGCUGAUGGCUGAAAUGGACCGGCUGAUUGGCAGCUCGGAGGAUAAGGGGUUCAAGGGCAAAAUGACCCUUGGGUUCAAAAAAUUCGGGAUGGCCAUUGUUAAGUACGGGAAACGAUUGAAAGCAAAAUCCACACCACAGUGUUUCAAGAUACUAGCUGAGAGGAUUCCUAUCACUAGGGAUGACAAGGAAUAUCAAGAUGCUGUAACAAGAGCGGCCAUAAUCAUGAUACCAACCAUGUUCAGGGAGAAGAUUGGCAACAUCUUCAAGGAGUCUAAGGAGAACGAAGAGUCUGAUGAAAUGCCUUCCCCUGUCAUCAAGUACAGUGGCCAGCUGACAGAAGCAGCAGAGUUCCAGAUAGCUGUGGAUGGAGUGGUUGUUGCAACAAGUGAAGACAUCAUCAGCUCCUUCAGCUGCUACAUGGCAGCUAUUUAUACCUUCAACAUGCACAACCCCCGAUGUUUGGCCAAGACGGCUCUCUUCGUUGAAAGAGUCAUCCUAGACCUUGAAGACAAUCAGUCCAUCCAACCUUUGCAAAAUGUGGUCUCAAAGUUAGUAAAUCUUCUUGAAUAACUGUCUUAUAACUCAAGCAUCACUCAAUGUCUUGUCGCUGCAUAUUAGGACUAUAGUGAGUGAAAUUGAAUUUGAAUUUGAAUUUUGUUAACUGGAUGGAUCAGGUUUAAUACUUCUUUACUCCCAAUAAGUGAAGACAUCAUCUGCUCCUUCAGCUGCUACAUGGCAGCUACUUAUACCUUCAACAUGCACAAUCCCUGAUGUUUGGCCAAGAUGGCUCUCUUCGUUGAAAGAGUCAUCCUAGACUUUGAAGACAAUCAGUACAUCCAACCUUUGCAAAAUGUGGUCUCAAAGUUAGUAAAUCUUCUUGAAUAACUGUCUUGUAACUCAAGCAUCACUCAAUGUCUUGUUGCUGCAUAUUAGGACUAUAGUGAGUGAAAUUGAAUUUGAAUUUUGUUAACUGGAUGGAUCAGGUUUGAUACUUCUUUACUCCCAAUAAGUGAAGACAUCAUCUGCUCCUUCAGCUGCUACAAGGCAGCUACUUAUACCUUCAACAUGCACAAUCCCUGAUGUUUGGCCAAGAUGGCUCUCUUCGUUGAAAGAGUCAUCCUAGACCUUGAAGACAAUCAGUCCAUCCAACAUUUGCAAAAGUGGUGUCAAAGUUAGUAAAUCUUCUUGAAUAACUGUCUUGUAACUCGAGCAUACUCACUGUCUUGUCAUGCUGCAUGUUAAGACUAUAGUGAGUGAAAUUGAAUUGGAAUUUUGUUAACUGGAUGGAUCUGGUUUGAGGCUUCUUUAAUCCAAGUGGAGUUGAAAGUAGAUUGUUGAAUGAAAAGUAAAACUCUCUAAUUUUGUUGUAGCAGUAUUAAGUGUUAAAUGUUUGAACUCUGCAGUAUUACAAAGUACCCUGACUCUCAUUUAACCUUAUUGUGUAAUGCAUGGGAAACUGUACAUUUUAGAAAAGGAAACAAGUUAUGGAAUACAUAUCUGACCUCAAAUUUGACCAAGAAUGCCAAUUUUUAGUGAAAAUUAUGAAAGAAGUCACUUUAAAAAAAAAUCUUUUUUAUUCUUAAAUUUAUAAAAAUCAGUCAAAUUUAGUGAAAAUCAUCUCAAGAGAAAGUUCUAAUAUCUACCACUUUCAAAUUUGUAUACCACUUUCAAUUUUGUAUAUUAAAAUGUAGUUUUGGCAUUAACCAAAAAGUGCCAAAAGUAUCACCUUUUAUUUUUGGCUCUUUUUGAGGAAAAGUUUCAAGAAUAUCAUUUUACGUAAAACUUUCAAAUUGAUCUCUUCAGGUAAUUUUGACCAAAUCUGGUGAUUAUAAUCAAUUUUUAAAAAUAUUUUUUUAAAAGUUUUCUUGUAAUAUUUUGAGCCAAAGCAGUAAUAUUUUUAUAAUUCCCUUUCAAUUCUGCUGUUUUAGUCAAAUUUGAGGUAAAAAAUAACUACAUGUCCCAUUUCAACUUGUUGGAUUUGAUGUGAUCCGUCUUGUUUAGCAAAAUUUGAGAUUUUGGAAAAAAAUGUUGGCUUCAUUUUUGAUGUUUGAAUUUGAACAAUUAAGAAAUAUAUUGACACUGAUUUACAGGUUGAUUAUCAAAUUUUCAAAGCACUUUCUAUAGAAAUGCACUUCAGGUUGCUAAAUGUGAUAGUUGAAUGAAAACUUUGUGUAAUUUUGUUGUAGCAAUAUUAAGGGGUACCAAUGUUUGAACUCUAUACCCUGACUCUCAUUUGACCUUGUUUAAUGCAUGGGAAACUAUACAUUUUAGAAAAUGAAACAAGUCAUGGAAUGCAUUUCUGACCUCAAAUUUGACCAAGAGUGUCAAUUUUUAGUUAAAAUUAUGAAAGAAGUCACUUUUAAAAGAAAAGUGUUUUUUAUUCUUAAAUUCAUAAAAAAAUCAGUCAAAUUUAGUGAAAAUCAUCUCAAGAGAAAGUUUUAAUAUCCUCCACUUUUCAAAACUGAUCCUAGAACUAUCUCUUUGGAUGAUUAUAAUUUUUUUUUUAUUUUUUUUUUUAGCUUUUCUAAAAUAUUUUGAGCCAAAACAGUAGUUUUUUUCAUGAUUUCCUUUCUAUUCUGCUUUUUUGGUUAAAUUUGAGGUCAAAAAUAAUUACAUGUCCCAUUUCAGCUUGUUGGAUUUGAUGUGAUCAGUCAUGUUAAUCAAAAUUUGAGAUUUUUAAAGAAAUGUUAGCUUCGUUUUUGAUGUUUAAAUUUGAACUUGAAACUUGUUUGAAAAAUUAAGAAAUACAUUGACACUGAAAUACAGGUUGAUUAUGAAAUUUUCAUAUAUGGGUGACAGGUACAAUUUCAAGAAUUACAAGAAAUGCACUUCAGGUUGCUCAUUGUGAAACCAUAAUAACUUUCUCAAUUUAAUUCUCAAUCGCUAACAUGGAUUUUUUAUUUUAUGGGAUUUUUUGCCAUUGACUUGCAAUGUUAUUAAACAGUUUGAUGUGAUCAGUCAUGUUAAUCAAAAUUUGAGAUUUUUAAAGAAAUGUUGGCUUCGUUUUUGAUGUUUAAAUUUGAACAAUUAAGAAAAAUAUUAACACUGAUUUACAGGUUGAUUAUCAAAUUUUUAAAGCACUUUCUAUAAAAAUGCACUUCAGGUAGCUAAAUGUGAUAGUUGAAUGAAAACUUUGUGUAAUUUUGUUGUAGCAUAUUAAGGGGGUACCAAUGUUUGAACUCUAUACCCUGACUCUCCUUUGACCUUGUUUAAUGUAUGGGAAACUAUACAUUUUAGAAAAUGAAACAAGUCAUGGAAUGCAUUUCUGAUCUCAAAUUUGACCAAGAGUGUCAAUUUUUAGUUAAAAUUAUGAAAGAAGUCACUUUAAAAAGAAAAAUGUUUUUUAUUCUUAAAUUCAUAAAAAUCAGUCAAAUUUAGUGAAAAUCAUCUCAAGAGAAAGUUUUAAUAUCCUCUACUUUUCAAAACUGAUCCAGAACUAUCCCUUUGGGUGAUUAUAAUAAUUUUUUUUUUUUUUUUUUUUUUUUAGCUUUUCUAAAAUAUUUUGAGCCAAAACAGUAGUUUUUUUUUUCAUGAUUUCCUUUCCAUUCUGCUUUUUUGGUUAAAUUUGAGGUCAAAAAUAAUUACAUGUUCCAUUUCAGCUUGUUGGAUUUGAUGUUGUCAGUCAUGUUAAUCAAAAUUUGAGAUUUUUAAAGAAAUGUUGGCUUCAUUUUUGAUGUUUAAAUUUGAACUUGAAACUUGUUUGAAAAAUUAAGAAAUACAUUGACACUGAAAUACAGGUUGAUUAUGAAAUUUUCAUAUAUGGGUGACAGGUACAAUUUCAAGAAUUACAAGAAAUGCACUUCAGGUUGCUCAUUGUGAAACCAUAAUAACUUUCUCAAUUUAAUUCUCAAUCGCUAACAUGGAUUUUUUAUUUUAUGUUUUUUUGUCAUUGACUUGCAAUGUUAUUAAACAGUUUAUGAAUGAGCAAUUAUUUAACUUUCUCAAUUUAAUUCUCAAUCGCUAACAUGGAAUUGUUAUUUUAUGUAUUUUUGUCAUUGACUUCCAAUGUUAUUAAACAGU